CAUGGGCGCGCGCGCGGCGCUCCGGCCGCUCCUGGCCGCGGUUAUGUUGUUGACGAUCCUUGGAAGCAGAGCGAAUGAGUGUGAUCAAGGAGAAUAUUCGUAUGAAGGUUACUGCUGCAAAUCUUGUCCAGCAGGUUAUUAUGUUGCUCAGCACUGCAGUGCUUCACACUUGAGAGCAAUUUGUGCCCCUUGCAUUGAGGGAGAAGACUAUACUGCUCAUCCAAAUGGCUUGGAGAGAUGUCUGCCAUGCAAGCAGUGCAAAGAUGAUCAGGUAACUUUGAGGACCUGCACUCUGACGCGUGAUACUGAAUGUCAAUGCAAAGAAGGGUACUUCUGCCCUGUUGAGGGCUGUGAAAUGUGUCAGAAAUGUAGUACAAAGUGCCCAGAAGGAAAAGAAAUUGUCCAGAACUGCAAUGCUACGAUGGACCUGGAAUGUAGCUUACCUGGUCAAGGAAAUUCAUUUUUUAUUUGGGCUAUUAUAUUUGUUACUGUUUGUUUCAUUUUGAUGCUGCUCUGUUUUGUAUCUAGAAAGCUGAAGAGUGAUAAAGCCACUUCAAUAAAUAAAGAUGCAGUGAAAGGUCUGGAAGCUGGAGGCGCUACUAAAGGUCUCAUUUCAUCACAAGUGGAGAUAGCUGCAAAUAAUGCAGCCAGCGCAGAAAAUGAGAGGUCUGGGGAGAGCCUGGAAGGUCAAGCACCUACCAGUGUUAACUCAGAAGUGGAAAACAAAUCACCAGAGGAKGGUAGUGCCAGGCUUUCUGAGAAAAGCACCAUUCUGCCCAGGAGCUGGAGGUACCAAAUAGAAAGGGCUUGGAAGAGGCUCAGAAAGUCUCCACUGCCAGCAAAACCAAAGCAGAAUCCUACUUUUAAUCUCAACGCCUGCCUUAAAGCAGCAAAUAGUAGGAUGCCAGCAAAUCACGUGGUAAAAGAACCGAAGUAUCAAAUAAUAGUUAAAGAUCUCUCUCAAAAGGGUAAAGGCAAACGUGUGCAACCUUACUGGUCUCCUCCUGAAGGGACAAAACAUUCUAGACUCUGCCUCUAUAACAGCCUGACUCGCAAUAAGGAAAUAUUUCAGCCUCAGAAUGGCAAAAAGGUCACGUGGUACUGCUGUGGUCCAACAGUAUAUGAUGCCUCUCACAUGGGACAUGCCAGGUCCUACAUCUCAUUUGAUAUCCUGAGAAGAAUCUUUAGGGAUUAUUUUAAAUUUGAUGUUUUCUAUUGUAUGAAUAUUACAGAUAUUGAUGAUAAGAUCAUCAAAAGAGCAAGACAGAAUUUCCUUUUUGAACAAUAUAGGGAGAACAAAUCAACACCAGCUCAACUACUUGAAGACGUUAAAACUGCCUCACAGCUUUUUUCAGUUAAAUUAAAUGAGACAACAGACCCAGAUAAAAAGCAGAUGUUGGAAAGAAUUCAGAGUGCAGUGAAGUCUGCUUUUGACCCUCUGGAAGAAGCAGUACAAAAUAAGCUCCCCACGGAAGAGAUCAACAGAUAUCAUGAGACACUGUUGGAAGAAGCAAAAGAUUUGCUGUCUGACUGGUUGGACACAAAAUUUGGCAGUCAGGUGACAGACAAUUCCAUAUUCUCUAAGCUCCCCAAAUUCUGGGAAGCAGAAUUUCAUAAAGACAUGGAAGCUCUCAAUGUAUUACCUCCUGAUGUUUUAACACGAGUUAGCGAGUAUGUUCCGGAAAUUGUGGAAUUUGUUAAAAAGAUUGUGGAUAAUGGUUACGGGUAUGUGUCCAAUGGAUCUGUGUACUUUGAUACUAUGAAAUUUGAUUCUGCUGAGAAACACUCCUAUGCUAAAUUGGUUCCUGAAGCUGUAGGUGAUCAAAAAGCUCUUCAAGAGGGUGAAGGUGACCUGAGUAUAUCAACUGAUCGCUUGAGUGAGAAGCAUUCUCCAAAUGAUUUUGCUUUGUGGAAAUCCUCCAAGCCAGGAGAGCCCUCAUGGGAUUCUCCCUGGGGAAAGGGCCGUCCAGGCUGGCACAUUGAAUGUUCUGCAAUGGCUGGAUCCAUUCUAGGGAAGUCGAUGGAUAUUCAUGGAGGUGGAUUUGAUCUUCGUUUUCCACAUCAUGACAAUGAACUGGCACAGUCUGAGGCAUACUUUGAAAAUGAUUACUGGGUUCGAUAUUUUCUGCAUACUGGUCACUUAACAAUUGCUGGUUGUAAAAUGUCCAAAUCUUUAAAGAAUUUCAUUACUAUAAAAGAUGCCCUGAAGAAGCAUACAGCACGGCAGUUACGGUUGGCUUUCCUCAUGCACUCUUGGAAGGAUACACUGGAUUAUUCAAACAAUACCAUGGAGUCAGCUAUUCAAUAUGAGAAGUUUAUGAAUGAAUUCUUUUUAAAUGUGAAGGAUAUUCUUCGAGCUCCCACUGAUGUGACAGGCCAGUUUCAGAAAUGGGAAAACCAGGAAGCAGAGCUGAACAAAACUUUUUACGACAAGAAGGCAGCAAUUCAUGAAGCACUGUGUGACAAUAUUGAUACUCGCUCUGUCUUAGAAGAAAUGCGUUCAUUAGUCAGUCAGAGCAACUCCUAUAUUGCUGCAAAGAAAUCUUCCAGACAAAUGCCAAACAGACUUCUUUUAGAAAACAUCAGUUCCUAUCUAACUCAAAUGCUAAAGAUAUUUGGUGCCAUAGAGAGUGAUGAUGCAAUUGGGUUUCCUGUUGGAGGAAGUAGUCAAAACAUAAAUAUUGAAUCUACAGUGAUGCCAUACCUACAAGUCCUUUCUGAGUUUAGAGAAGGAGUGCGACAAAUUGCCAGAGAGAAGAAAGUAACUGAAGUGCUGCAGUUGAGUGAUGCUCUUCGAGAUGACAUCCUUCCUGAACUGGGUGUUCGAUUUGAAGAUCAUGAAGGACUGCCAACUGUGGUCAAAUUAGUGGAUAAAGACACAUUAUUGAAAGAAAGAGAAGAAAAGAAAAAGAUGGAAGAAGAGAAAAAAAGGAAGAAAGAAGAAGCAGCCAGGAAAAAACAAGAGCAGGAAGCUGCAAAACUGGCAAAAAUGAAGAUUCCACCACACGAAAUGUUUAAAUCGGAACAUGACAAGUAUUCCAUGUUUGAUGAAAAUGGAUUUCCUACCCAUGAUACAGAAGGCAAAGAACUCAGCAAAGGUCAAAUUAAGAAGCUGAAGAAACUUUAUGAAACSCAAGAAAAGUUAUACAAGGAGUAUCUACAAAUGGUUCAGAAUGGAAGUGCAAAUUGACAACAGCAGGACUUUUUUUAAAAGCUCUCUGCAGGGCAGGAGCACCUGACAGCAAGAUGACUCCACAGAUUGUGCCUCAGCCACGGCCCUGAAGUCUAGAGUCGUGCGGCAGGAGGUGAGGCACCACUCAGCAAAAAUCCCUCAUCGAUCACGCAGGAUUUACGCCUUUGCAGAGGGGCACUAAAAAUCCCACAGACUCACAGUACUUUAAAUGUAUUUUGCUUCAGCAUACAUCAGGGAAUGAAAAAGUACUCCCAACUCUCUGGUCUGUUUCAAGGCUUUGACGGUUGCUCCAGAAGAAAGCAAAUCUCUUUCUACAACACCAUCUAAAAUAUAAUUUAAGUCUGGGUUUGCAGCAUUUAUAACUGCAUUAACACGAGAGGCAGUAGCACAGAGGCACGAGCUCURCACACCCCAUGGCCACCUACGCAAGAAGAACCUCCUAAAUCUUCACAUGGAGCAAUAUCUGAUGCCAAGCUUCUCCAGGACACUAAGGGAGAAGUAGCUUUUAACAAAUACAGAUUAAUAAACUAACAAGCAAGAAAAGCCUAAAAGAAUACUUUACAGCUCUGAAUCAGCAUCAAACAUGAGUAUCUUCAGAUAAAUCCCCCUUUCAGAGUCCAUUAUGGUCUUUCAUGGGAGAACAAGAAUUAAGUAUAACUUAACCAUGACAAAUGCAGUCAUGUCAAAAUAAAGGUAACAAAAAGAAGAAGAGUUAACUUUUUGAUGUUAGGAAAAGGGCUCGUUUGGAUGGACAAGGAAAGAAAGGUGGGAGCAAAAAUUAAACCGGCCACUGAGCAAGUGCUUGAGCUGGCCGAGCGUGCUCGUUUGUGCUGCCGGCUCUCCCC